AUGAAGGCAGCUCACACGCCUAGAUCUCCAUAUCCAAGUGAUAAUGAAGGUUCACAGUCUGACUCAGACAUUCACAUUGAAGGAGAUGAGACAAUCCAAAAUGAAGACAGUACAAAAACUUCACUUGAUGAAGAAGCUCCCGUUACGAGAGGGCAACUCAAGGAAAUACAUGAAAAACUAUACUUGCUGCUUCAUGCUUUAAAGGCAUCAUCUACUGAUGAUUAUUCUCAAGCAACGGUCAAGUCCCUUCUUGACACCCUUACAAAAGAGCACUCUGCCAAACUUGAAAAUAUGAACAAUGCGGUAGAUGCUUCUACAACUGUCUGCAAAAACACGACCGAAACAGUCGAUAAACUAAUUACUGAUGCACGGGCAAAACUUUGGGAGGUUCACACUGGUCUUAAAAUUGACAAUGAUCAGUUUAAUUCAUCCAUCUCCUCGCAAAUAUUUAAGCUUCAAGAUGAUCUAGCUAUGGAGAGAAAAAUAAUGAAUGCUCUCGCUGUCAAGACUGAAAAGGUGAAAGUCUUGACAGUCAAACUAAAAAAUGCUGAGAAACAAGUCAAUGAUUUGUUAUCCGAAAAAGUCACUAUGAAAACAUGUAUCGCAGAGAUUAUUGGCAUGCUUUUAGAUAUCAUUGAGACUCGAGACUUAAUGAUUACGAUCAUGGUGAAGAAGCAUCUUGCUGAGAAACUAAGCCCUGUCUUCGCCAUGCUUCAUCGAUUGGAAGGUGUUCCGGAAUCUAGCUUCAUUCUGAAACAAGCGGGAGAAGGCAAAGAAAAACUUUUCAGUGAAGAAUCUAUUGUUGAAAACAACAAAGAUGAAGAGCUCGAUGAAAAUGGUAUCAAAAGAAGAAAAGAACGUGAAGAUGAAAUGGAUGAACAUCAAAGAAUAAUUCACGAGGAUGAAGUGAAAGAGAAAGUAGAAUUCGAAGCUCAGGUCACAUUGGAGAGUUGA